AUGCACGUCACGCCUGGCAUUGUAAAUCACCCGGAGGGUGGCAGUAACUUCCCCAUGAGCACGAGAGCUGGAUAUCCUCAUCAGCCGGGUAUGCCUGGAUAUGCGUUGCCUGGCCUGAUGUAUGAGCGCGGAGACGAACAGCAUAACAUGCAUGCGGGUUACAACUCGGAAACGGUAACUGAUGCGUUUUACGACGGAAUUGUGAACCCCAUGUACAAUUUCGAAUCCACCUACCUGAUGCGGGAGAAUAUAGCCAGCGUUCCGGAAAACAACAGUCACAUGGUGAACAGCGGUACCAAAGAGUAUCCAGAAGGUGUAAAACUAUACACGGGGAAUGCAACACCAGAGAGUAGGUUCGCAUAUAACAACAGGGAUGUGGGAUACUAUCCCGGAUGGUAUGGCAACGGGUAUCAAUAUAUGGGCGGGUACGGUCAUUCCCUACCGCCCGCUGUAAACUACGGCGUCGCUCACGAUUCGAAACAUAUAGCGCAGCCCCAGGUUGAUAUCGCCUCUGUCAGCACGGAUUGCGAUAUGAGCGCCACGCGACUACAGUACAGUUCAGGUAACCGCGAAAUGGGUCAGCAUUCAACGUACGCGUCUGACAGCACGCAAUCGGCAGAGCAAUCAGUGGUCAGUGAAACUUCGCCCAUGUUACAAGCUACGUCAACCCCAUCGACGCCACCCAAAAGGGAUUCAAAUCUUAUGCACAAUGAGGAAUUGAACGUUACGCACGAACUGGCACCUGGGCCGUUGGUAUACAGGAAUGGGUACAGCGGGGCGUAUUACAAUGACCACGCGUCACGGCAAAUUCCAGACGACAUCGGUGACCGCGCCUACAUGGAAAAUGGACUGCAUGGGGACGAAAAGCACAUGAACAGGGGGCGCAACGGAUGGAGCGAUAUAACGUACCCAAAUUAUGCGACGAUGUCGGGAGUUAACGCCGUGAAAGAUCCUGGGAACCAUCGCCACGCCGUCUUGCCGCGGUUCUACAAUGUCGCGCAGGCACAGUAUGCCACGCCCGUCGUAUAUCAUACCAAUGGGUGGACUCAGAAGGGUUACGUCGGGGACACUGUUUCACCGAAUCGGUACGCAGCCGUACCGGAGGUUUCCGGCUACUACGACCAAAGUAGCGACAUUGGGGCCAUGAAAGCAGAGGAUUACAUCACUGGUAGCAUGACAGAUAUGAACGGAAAUCAGAUGGAACAGACCAGUGCCCCACGCAUUAUGUCCCAAAUGUCAGGGGUAUACGACUACUGCUACGAUCGCGCACAAUCGUCUAAUGACUUUUAUAACCAGGUGAAUGGUGGCAACUCGGACACGCAGCAGCGCUCAACGAGCAUGGAUUACGGCGAGGAGCCGCUCGAGAGCUCGUCCAAGAGCACCGACGGCAUCAAGCAGGAAAUCAACAUCGAGAGCCAAAAGAUUCUGAAUCGAUCUAACAUCGACUUCCUGCGCAUGAGCGACUCGCUCUGGCAGAGUCUGCGAAGCACGGGGAUGUUCAAGCUGGGCAACAAGGGGCGAGCGAUACUCAAGUCGAAGAUCUCGAAGCAGCUGAAAAUGAACCCGCAGCUGCGUAUGCGAGCGCUGUGCAUUUCGGGCGUUAGGCGCGCGACAACUAGGCAGCUAUUCCAGCUGGCACAGAUCUGUGGCAUCAAGUCCCACCUAAAGUGA